CGUUAAUAUAUUUUCCUUGAAUAUUAAUAAAAGUUAUUGAUAUUUAAUCACGACCUUAAACUGUCAAGUGAUGCUCUACUUGAAAAAAUUAAUCCAUAGUAGAUUGUAGAUGAUGUAAAUUUGCGGGACUUGGUAGUAAGAAGAUCAGUAAUGUUUGGAAUAGGAACACUGUUUGUACCGCUAGGCUCGGUCAAGUGACUCGAUAUAAAUUAGUUUUCGAUCAUUCAUAUACGACAGUCUUAUUUUUCUAUACGGGAAAUGAACGCAGAGCCUAACUCAAUCUCCAUUAAACCUUUAGGUAUCGAGAUUGCAAUCGGUGGACUAGCAGCAGUGGGUGCAGGAUUUUUUACCAAUCCAAUUGAUGUGAUAAAAGUACGCCUGCAGUUACAGGGGGAACUAGCAGCACGUUAUUCAUACAAGAAAAUAUAUAAAAACACUUUACACGCAGGCUAUCUAAUAGCAAAACAUGAAGGCGUGCUUGCUUUGCAAGCAGGUAUUGUACCGGCACUUUAUUUUCAAGUGGUGCUCAAUGGGAUACGGUUAGGUAUAUACAAUUGGGCAAAAGAUCAUGAAUUUAUUACUAACAAAAAAGGAAACACUGCUGUGUUCAGCACUGUAAUAGUAACUGGAACGUGCGGAUGUAUAGGAGCAGUCCUUGGCAGCCCUUUUUACAUGCUGAAAACACAAUUACAGUCGCAAUCUGCGCAAAGUAUAGCUGUUGGUUAUCAGCACAACCAUGCAGGCACAUGGUGCACUUUUAAAUCUUUAUGGAAGGAAGGUGGAAUUGCUGCGUUAUAUCGUGGUUGGUACGCUAACAUACCACGCCUUUUCGUAGGCUCUGCAACACAAUUAACUGCUUUUGGUCUGGCCGCAGAUUGGCUACAUUCAAUGCAAGUACUCACGGAUCAACCAAUACUAUUAACGUUUGCAGCAUCUUUGAUUGGUGGUAGUUGUGUUGCACUUACUAUACAACCAUUCGAUGUCUUAGCGACAAGACUAUACAAUCAAAGAGUCGAACCAGGCGGUAAAGGUGCAUUGUAUAACGGUCUUCUGGAUGCACUUAUUAAAAUAUUUCGAACAGAGGGAGUAACUGGUUUAUACAAAGGACUUUUCCCGACAUGGAUGAGAAUAGCACCCCAUACUGUACUCUGUUUAGUAUUUUAUGAAAAGCUAGAUCAGUUGUAUGAUACAUUUAGGACUAAUGUGACUAAAGCUUGAUUGAUUAGAACUGUAAUAAAAGCUGAGUAACGUAACAUAAA